CCAACACCUUGUGUGGACGCAUGGUAGACUUCACAGAAAACACUUGACUCAGUGCUGUCCUAGAAAAUUCUUUUUUGUUUUGUUUGCCUUUGUAGAGCGAUCCACCAGCAGCGGAAGUGCAGGCAGAUCACAGCCAGAUGACAUACCAUGAUAGAGAGGUUAGAGGCAUCUCGUUCCAGCGGUUCUCCACCUGCUGCAUCGUGGCUUGGCUCACAGUGAUCUCUCCUUCCGGCUUUUUUUGCCUUGUUGUCCUCGGUGCUCACUGGAUGGACACGGAGCUGAAUCUACAUCCGGCUCCUUUAAGGGCUUCCACAGAUGGGAAAAUAUGACUUGACAGUAGAAGGGUGGUGCUUAAGCGAACGGUGACAGUGACCAUGUGACCACAACCAAAGGACUCCAGAUUACCGGCAAACUGAGAUCAGCAGAAUCGACAAAAUAUCCUCGCACUGCUGUGUGUCAGCGACCUUUCUAACUGGAAUACGUUUUUUGUGAGACAUUCGGAUAAUCAAAAAUAUUCGUAUUUCUCUGAAGAGUUAUUUUUUACCGGUUAAAGGAAUAGUUCGGGCGGGUAGUAAAGUUCCGUGUUGGGCAGCUAAAACAAAUAGACUUUUUUUUUUUUAUUUAUGAGCCACAUGUUGUAGAUAGGGAGGAACUAGUGCGUGGGGGGGGGGUCCAUAAAGCGUCCGCGGUGCCCAGGACAACCAGACGCGCUGUCGGACCGGAGGACUCCUCUCCAACUUUACGCAAUCCGCGGCGCGCGGCGGACGUCUUCUUGCGACUUCUGCGGUGAAUUUCUCACGCUUUCUUCUCGGGAGCACGGUGUCGACAUGCUGCAAAAUGGAAACGGAAAUGAGAAGCCGCUGCGAGCGCCAAUCGCCGAGGCAGAGCCGGACUCUCCGGCCGACGAGGCGAAACUGCGGCAGCGCAGCCCCCCCGAAACCGGCGCGCAGGAGCCGGGCGGCGAGUCCACGCACUUCCCUCUGCCCGCGUACCCCAAAGUGGAGAUAAAGCGCUACGCGGUGACGGACGAUUACAAGAUCUCCACCCAGGUCCUGGGCUUAGGGAUCAGUGGGAAAGUGCUUCAGUGCUUCAACAAGAAGACUGGAGAGAAGUGUGCACUGAAGAUUCUCUACGACAGCCCCAAAGCCAGACGAGAGGUGGAGCUGCACUGGCGAGUAUCAGGAGGGCCGUACAUUGUUCGCAUCAUCAGCCUGUAUGAAAACAUGCAUCAUGGGAAGAAGUGCCUGCUCAUCGUCAUGGAGUGUAUGGAGGGAGGAGAGCUGUUCAACCGAAUCCAGGCCAGAGGAGACCAGGCUUUCACUGAGAAAGAGGCUUCUGAGAUCAUGAAGGACAUCGGCACGGCCAUUGAGUAUCUCCACCACAUCAACAUCGCCCACAGAGACAUCAAGCCAGAGAACUUGCUGUACACCAUUAAAGAAAGAAACGGGGUCCUGAAACUGACCGACUUUGGCUUCGCUAAAGAGACGACGGUAGACAACUCUCUGCAGACCCCCUGUUACACACCGUACUACGUGGCCCCUGAAGUUUUGGGCCCGGAGAAAUAUGACAAGUCAUGUGACAUGUGGUCGCUGGGCGUCAUCAUGUACAUCCUGCUAUGUGGUUUCCCUCCGUUCUACUCCAACACGGGCCAGGCCAUUUCCCCGGGGAUGAAGAGAAGGAUCCGGAUGGGCCAGUACGAGUUCCCCAACCCGGAGUGGGCCGAGGUGUCCCAGGAAGCCAAAGAUUUGAUCAAUGAGCUGCUGAAGACGGACCCUAACGAGAGAAUGACCAUCGUUCAGUUCAUGAACCACCCCUGGAUUAAUAAGUCCAUGGUGGUUCCCUCCACGCCGCUGCACACCACCCGGGUGCUAACUGAGGACAGAGAGAUGUGGGACGAUGUGAAGGACGAGAUGACCAGCGCUCUGGCGACCAUGCGCGUGGACUACGACCAGGUGAAGAUCAAAGACCUCGACACCUCCAGCAACCCGCUGCUCAACAAGAGGCGCAAGAAGGCCGCCGCGGGGGGGGCCAAGGGGGGCUCCGCGGUCUGCCAAAGCCAGUGAGACGACGACGACGGUGGCGGAAGGGACGAGGGAAGAGAGACUGAAUUGGCGCCGGAGAAGAUCAUUUGGAGAUUUGUGCGAGACUCUUGAGGAAGUCGGGCGGGAGGCGACGGUUUCUGAAAUAAAGAGACAGCACAGGAAGCACGAAGGAAGUGGCAGCUGGACAUUUACAAGACGAUAUCGGGCCGUGAUUCCCCGUUUCUCCUGUCGGCUCUGUUUACUGGGGUCCUGUCUGUUUUGAAUUAUUUUUAUGUAUGUAUGUAUGUCACUUUUUAGACUUUGUAAUAUUGUCUGUGUGUGUGUGUGUGUGAGAGGACAUGCAAGCAUUUUAUGUUUUCUAUAUUUUAAUACCGGGUCGCCCAUUCGAGGUCUCACUUUUUAACUGCGCACCGGUUUGCAAACCACGCCGAGAGAGAGGCAAAGACUGAAACUGGUGCCCUCCCUAGAAUCACCUGCGUGUUUUUUCUGACAUUUUCAUGAAACAAAUCACCGACCGUCCGUAGACUUCAAACCCCGUGGGACAGUUUUGCCGUGAAAGCGACAGGUGAACAGGCUCCGGUCACCGGGGCAAAUGAAGUGGCGCUAGUGCAGACACGAGGGGCAGCGUGCUUCCUGUCUGCGUGCGGCCACGGAGCCUCACGCCUUCGUGGCGUAACGGCUGCUGGAGCUGGAGGGACCAGCUGUGACACUCUUCCUGAGGUGGUUUAUUGGGAAGGGGGGGGGGGGGUUGACGUGGCUGCUUUCUGGAAAUAGCGUUAAAACAUCAGCGGUGGAGACCUCGUCUGUCACAGAUUGGAUUUGUUCAUACGGAUGCAAAUUAAACUUUAUAGAGCACAGUUGUGUGUGUUUUUUUUAGUUCCUGAGGACCGCGGAACUAUUUCUUUUGUCGUCUUGCCUUUCAGGCUUUGUGAGGCCGCUAUAAAUAGAAAAGUUAUUUGGGAUCUGCAGCUAUCUGACUUGGGAGUUCCACUUAAAAAGGUCAACAAUAUUAUGUUUAGAUUACAUGUUGAGUACCUCUCCCCCCAUUUUGAUCACAUGGUGCCCCUCCAGUAUUUAGGUGAUGGGUUAAAGGAAGCUUAUCAUAAAAACUACUUGGCUUCACUGCUGUAAAUACAGGAUGUCAGCCAUUAUUAGAUGUGGCCCAAAUACUGCAUGACCUCUCAGCUGUUGUUUGGUGCUCUGGUGUUUGAGCAUUAAAAGUUCUGAGCAAUGUGUCUGUUGGUGGAAUUUGACAGUGUUUCGCAAAUGAUAUUCUUCCUCGCGAGGAGGCAGUCACCGUACUUUUCCUUUGUUAGUCAGCCAUCUUAGAGACAAGCACGGUCAUGAUUACAAAGAGGAGUCUGUAUUUGUGGUGUCUCAUGCAUUUCCCAUCAAAGUCACUUCACACAAUAGGUCACGGAUCCUCCCCAUCACACGUACUUGACAGGAAGAAAACAUUUCUUAUUAGGUCAAGGGUCCGUGUUUUUUUAUGUAGGCCUAGGUCUUAAAUACCUUUGUUAGAUUUAUUUUUUUAUUUUUAGGGGGGUUUUGAUUGAAUGCAUCUUUUAAAGUUUAGGUGUAUUUACACAUAGAGGCUACAGUCAGACAGGAUACCUCCUGAUUAAAGACAUCUAUUGUUGUGUUGGGUAGAGCAGACUGAUUAUUGGACGGUCAUGUAAAGUUACUUGUUAUAUGUUCAGAAGAUUUACGAAUACAGCCACAAAUCAUCCAAAAAACAGAUUUGUCUAUAUAUAUAUUUCUGUAAGAUAUUACCUUAUACCAAACCCUGGGAUGACGAGUCUUAGUAGCAUGUGAGGGUGCAGGCCUGAGCCGUAGGUGUGUAUCUGGCAGAGGGAGUGUGUGUGUGUGUGUCUCAGUGGGAUGGGGGGGAUGAGAUCCCUUUGGCUUUUGCCGAAGGAAUGUUUCAAAGGUCAAAGAGCCAUCUGACCUCCGACUGCUUCUGUCCUGCUCAGUCCAGCUGGUCUAAAACUGUCCGACGUCCAUUCGUUCCCUUUCUUUUUGUUUCGUGGCCUCCAUGGUGUGAAGAACUAGGGCCUUGUGCUCGACCUUAAGCGGGAAAACUAUCACAGGCUGCUGGUCCAGGUGUCACUGCCUCUGCGUUAUGAACCUAACCGUGUGCUUCACAUGACGUCACAGCACUGUCCCUUGAGCCCCCCCCCCCCCCCCCCAUCGUGCUUCAUUUGACUUUUUAAGUAAAUCUUUAUAAACUGAUUGAACAUUCAACACAAUGCUCUUACAUCGGAUUGAUGAAACCCUGCAGCUCAUUCAGCGUCGACAGGUCUCUUGGUGUCCUUCAUCCCAAACGGAUUAGUUUGGUUUCCUUAGAAUGUUUUUUUAACGAACCUUCCUGUAUACACCUUCCUGGCUUCCUUUCAGUAAACUUGUCACAGAUUUGUUGUGUUUAAUUGUCCUUGUGCACAACUGUCACACCCUGAAUACGCACAGGUAUUUCACAAACAACUGCUAAGGCUGCACCAUGGUUGAGGUGUCUGUCGAAACUAGAGGGAUGAACAGUAAGGCAAUUACAUGUCAAGAAACCGUAGAUCAAUUAUUGAGAUAGUUCUUC